GAACAGCAGCACCGGUGUCACGUGACCGUCUCCCACCCGCCACACUCUGCUAACCAGAGGCUCUGUAGCAACACUUCAAAAUUCACCUCCGCGUCCGUUUGUAACAGUUAAGCGACAAAAUCAUCAUUACCAUGUCGGACGACGCCACCGUCACCGCUAACGAGAACGACGUCGGUACUCCGCCAGCGAAAAAGAACCGAACCAGCAACGUCUCAAGGGCCACUGCCGAAGGGGAAGCCCUGCUAAAGGAGAUGGGUUUCGAGGACAAGGAAACUCCCGGCAGAAGGCGAACCAGGGCAGCCAUCAGGGGCGACGUUUACACACCUCCGCCCAAGAAGGAGAGGAAGGCCACCACGCCAGGAACUGGACGAAGAGGUCGGCCUCCAAAGAAGGCCAAGGAGGCAGAAGCCGAGGAGGAGCCUGAAGCCAAGGAGGAGGAGAAGAAGAAGAAGAAAGAAGAUAAAGCCGAGAAGGGCGAGAAGGCAGCCGACGAAGACAAGGACGAGGAGGCGGACGGAGAGAAGGCAGAGUGAGGGGAGGGAGAUAUCUCUUGAGUUCUCUUUGGUACAAAAUGAUUACCUGAUGAUUCUUCAUAGACACAGUUAAGGUUGUUUGUUGCUGCAGGUGUGUUCAAGCACUGUAGAGAUUUGAGAAGGGAUUGUAUAAAGCGUAGCGUUAAUGUGAAAUUAAUUCAGUACAGGGAUUUUUCUUUUAAGUUCUCAUUAUAUUUUCUUUGAAUGGCAGGUUCAUUUAUAAAUUUGAAUAUAGUAUGGCAUUAUUUUCCAACUAAUCAGCAUUUUGAAUCUUACUUCUGUGCCAAGGAAAUGCUUCCACAACACCCCGAAAAAAAUUAAGUUCAACACCAUUGUUUUGACUACAGUAAACUCUUUUUAAUUCAAGUUCUUAUCUGUUCUAAAUCAUCCUAUACAUAUACUGUAGUGAGGUUAAAAGACCUUAUAAUUUUUUUUUUACCUUAUUUUAAGUAUAAUUUUCGUAGGGAGCUAAUUUAGUUGUUGUAUACUAUACUUAGGCACAGUGUGUACCAUAUUAAAUAAUCCUUUAUUAUACUGUUGGUGUAUACAUACUCUCAAGAAUAAUGUGGUUCCAAAAUAUCAGGAAAAUUUUGUAUGUUUUCAAAUUGUGAGGAAACGACAGAUUAUUCAACCAGUCCCUUUAAUGUGACAACAAAGAGGCUGAAAUAUAAGCUGUGAGCUUCCCCAAAAUUUAUCAGUGAAUUAAUGAGUUAUUACUGUUACACGUAAGAUUUAUAUUAGCUGAUUACACUGCCAUAGUUUUAGAGCAGAGUGUGAGAGAGAACUAAGUCUUGUUCUGUCUGUGCAUGUUUUUGUCACUAUAUUCAAUUUCUUUUUCAGUGUUUUGGAGUACACUCUUGGUCAAAAGUAACUGCCUACAGGACAGUAAUAGUAAUGUAAUUUGAGAUCAUUUUUAGUCAUGCAGAUACAAUUUUUUUCUAUUUGAAGCAAAGUAAAGAUUCAAAGAGUGGAUACAUAAACUGUGGGGCACAAUGAAAAUUACAAUACUGAACUGUACUGCUAAAACAUGCGUUAGAUGCCUAUCAUAACAUUACAUUGGAGGUUAAAUAUUUAAUAAAUAAUGUUUGUUUAAGAUACUGAAAUUUCAUCAGCUUGCAAAUUAUUCAGAUUUUUGACAAUUCCUUCUUGCUUUGUUCUCAAUUUAACUUCACCUUUCAUGUGUUGUGUGGUAAAUUACAAAUUUGGUUUACAUUUUUUCUUCAGCUAAUUUUCUAUACUCUCUGACAUCUAGCAACGUUUAAUCUUGCUUUAUUCCAGUCAUAAGUUCCAGUCUCCCGCAUUUUUUUUACAGUGAACAUAAUUACUUGUUCUUCACUGUAAGCUUUUAGGCCCUCCAAUAGUAGCUUUGAAUGACAAUUAUUCCUAUGUGUGACUCCAAACUUGAGUUUCAAUGAGAUAGAGAGAAAGAGAUGUAGAAUAUUGUGUAUCUUGUAAGCUGUGUGUACAAGUUAAAAAUAAAACUAGCUUCUCUUGUCAAAGGUUCUGGUGACAUACCAGUUCUAACAUUUUUAGUAUUGUAAUCAUUCAUAAACUACUAUACUGUAAUGUUUCCCUGUAGUCCAACAGAAGCUCAUGUACUUAUUUUAUAUUCCCAUAGAAGCUUAUCUACUUAUAUAGUGAGAUGUCAGUUCUUACAGUGUGAAUUUGAGUAAAUUGGGAACAUGAUGACUUACCAAUAAGUUCAGGUCAAAGAAUAUUCAUGCAAUUUUGGAAUAUGGUUCAGUAAAAUAUAAGCUUAAAAUUUUCUUCUAUUGAAAAUUAACUGGGCAAUGAAGGGAGCCCUCAACUAAUGAACUACUUAUUGGUGGAAAGUUAUCACUUGAGUGCAUGAGUCAUUUGAUCUGUGGGCUAAUCAUGCAUUUCAUAAACCUCUUUCAGUGAAAUGUCAUAGGUUUUCACCUACUACAAACAAUUGAGAUUAUUUCUAUUGUUCCACUUUGUUAGAUUAACUAGAUUUCCAGUCAGGAAAAAGGUUUUUGUAUCAUAAUUUAUACAAACAUGUAAAAUACGAAAAAAAAACUUUAUAGCAAGAUAAUGCUUCAAGUCUGAACAGCCCAGUAAGAUUUAAAGUUGUCACAGUGUUGAGAAAUCAUGAAGCUGUCUUACCUUCAGUACUGCGUGCUGUAAGCUUGUGAAUCUCUUCUCUCCAAUUUUUUCCAUCUGCCAUUUUUAACAUCUUUUCACUAUCCAGCGUUCUCCUUCACUGAGGAAGUUUUCGGUUCUAAUAAGCCUUUUCUUUUGUUGAAUAGUCAUGGGUUAUUGACAUGGUGUACAUAAAGCAACCAAUAAUAAAUAAGAUUUGCAACAACUUGCAACACUGUCUCUAUGCACAAUACCCAUUUAUGGGUUAAGAUUUAUUUCUGUUGUAGAACUUGGUCUAGUUUUUACAUUUACCUAAUUCUAAAACAGGUUUUCUUAUUACAGUAAUUUGCUUAAGUCAUGAAGAGUCGACAACCAAUAGGUUUUGAGGUGUGCUUCAGUUAACUGAUUUUACAAGUCUUGUCCCAGAUUGCUUUGAGUGUUUUUUAACUGAAUUUUUCAUUAAUGCUCAUUCAAUUUCUAAGAGAUAGUCCUCUGCAAUGGUAACUCACUGCUUCGCACUAACAUUUUUCGGAUUAGAAAACUUCAUUUUAUACAUGUAGCUGAAAAUGUUUCUGUAAUAAUUUUAUUUGUUCAGUUAUUUUAAAAUUCAUGGUUUGGCAUGAAAAUCUCGAAAUGGAAGAUGCAGAAAUAUGCAUCCAGGAUAAAUGAAAGCAUAUCAGUUUAUGGACAUAUCUUCUUUUUUUAUACGCUUUAGUUGUACGUAUUGGUUUCAUCCAACUUUUCUGGUCCAUUAUUUUUCAUGACUUAUUUUUGUAUUCUAAUCUGAUUCAACUUGUAAUUGUGCCAAAUUCUGUAGCACUGUAGUGUUCUGUGAUUUAAGUUCCUAUCAUAUAGUUAGUAUGAUUAAAUUUCUAGGUAGAAACAUUUUGAUCAUCUUGGAGAAAUAAUGUACAAACUUCAGUUCUUAUGUUUACAUAAAGCUGUAUUACUGUUCUAGAUUAAUAUUAAAGAAUUUAUACUUGUAUCAUUCCUAAUUUACAGUCAAUUGAAAAGUUUAUGAAAGUUGAUCUUGUCCACUGGAAGUUUAAAAGUUUCAUAUAAUACCUUUGGCUGCUUAAAGAAAAAUAAAAUUCCUAGAGCUGCAUUAUUUAAGAGUGAAAACUGGCAAAUGUAUCUGGAUGCUGGCUUUACUAUUCUGUGAACAUUGUGACUGGGUUUAAUCACUCACAUCUUAUCUCAUAAAGAUUAAAAUUUUUAUUGUGCUAUAUUGUAAUUCUUGCAAUAAUCAUUAGGGAACAUCUGAGUUGUAGAACUACACCUUUGUACUGUGCUAAUGUACUGUACUUUUAUUUCCUUUAGCCAUCUGCUUUUCCAACACAGCAUGUACUAAUUGUACCUUGAGAAAUUCAAGCAAAAUUCUAAACUAUAUGAUUACAUUUGAAUUUUUAAAAGACUGCCUCCAAACUAUCAAUAGUCAACUUUUGUUAAAUUUAUUACAUGUCAAGUUGGUGAAGUAGACUGCUAUUUCAUUACUUCAUCAGCAGUUCAAACAGCAGGAUAAAAUGAAACUCAUUUACUCCCAUCAUAGUCACGUGUGUGUUCAUUGGAAUUUACUAUAAGCAAGAUGAAUGUUUUGUAUUAUUGAAGUACUUUUACAGGCAUAUAGUUUUCAAUCCUU